CUCGAUAUCUUCAUUAUUGGUGCUAUGCAGCUACGCACUUGAGCUCAACAGGUUAUGGGCCCAGAGCAUUGAGAUAAAACGAUCCUCACUGAGUGAGUUAACGGCAAGUAAGUGUGUAAAAGAAAGUAAGGAUGGCGAGCAGAGCGUCAGGAUUUCUAGCACCACCGUUUUUAUUCAGCGGAUCAGAAGACAAGUGUUAUCUGUGGGAAACGAGGUUACUUGGAUAUUUGUAUAGUCUAAAACUGAAAGAGACUAUACUGCAUGAACCUACUGAUCCUAAUGCCGAACGGAUAGCCGAAGAUAGGCUGAAAAAUGCAGAUUGUUAUGCUGAAUUGAGAAGGUUGAUAGAUGAUAAAAGCCUAUCACUAAUAAGACAUGAAGUGUUUUCAGGGGCGGUACUGAUGGACUGUCGGCUUUUGUGAUGGAUGGAGAUUCAGUCGCUCUACACACUAAUGUUGAAACAAAACAACAAGAAGUCAUAAAGUGGCAUUAUAAAGACACUAGAAUAGCUCAGAUCGCUGGAGAUCUCAGUUUUAUCUGUACAGAUGUUCAGUGUAAUGGUGGUACUGAGAGAUUCAGAGAGAGGCUAGAGCUGGACAAUAAAACUGGAACUCUUACAAUCAGAGACACCAGAACCACAGACUCUGGACUUUAUGAAUUAAAGAUAUUCAGCAGCAGAUACACCACCGAAAAGACCUUCAACGUUACCAUUCGUGGCGUUUCUGCUGCUGAACGAGAUGAAAUGAGGAGAAAGUCAUUGAUGGAAGGAGAAUCAGUCACUUUAGAUCCUGCUGUAACGAAAAACCCAAAUGAUGUGAUGGUUUGGUAUUUUAAUGACAUUUGCAUCGCUGGAAUCAAUGAAGAACCCAGAAUGAUUUGUACAGAUGUUCAGUGUAAUAACAGCACUGAGAGAUUCAGAGACAGACUGAAGCUGGAUCAUCAGACUGGAUCUCUGACCAUCAUGAACAUCAGAACCACAGACUCUGGAGAAUAUACACUACAGAUCAGCAACAGCAGAUUCAGCAUCACGAGGAGCUUCAGUGUUACUGUCACUGGUUUAGGUCUGUCUGCAGGUCAAAUAGCAGGAAUAUGUGCUGCUGCCCUGCUUCUUAUUGGUGCAACUGUUUGCGUGCUUUUUUACCAACAUCGAGUGAGAAAGAGAGACACUAAGAUGAAGGACAGUUCUCAGGUGAAUGGUGUUCAUGAUUUGUGGCCUGAUCAUAGCGACAGUCCACUGAUGGAUGAUUUUAAAGAGAGCUCUUUUAAUCACACGAUGCUCGAGAGAACAUUACUAAUCACAUUGAGAUCGAGCCCGAGGCUGCCAGUGAGAUUUAAUUUUUUUUUUCAAAAUUGUAAGGUUUGUAUUUUUUGUAUUUUAUAUUUUUGCUUUUGAAAUGCUCUAUUUUACAAACACAUUGAGCGUGUCCUUGUUAAACUUGAAGUGUUUUUACCACGUGCCCUCAUCGUGACAUCGUGCCAUUCAACGUAAAGUUGAAUAAUAGCUUUUGUUUGCAUUUGCUUAUCAUUGUGGAUAGAAGAAAUCGUUUCUGUACAGCACCCUACUAUAUCUGUGAAAAGCGUUGCCCAUUUAUCUCUGAUAAUGCAUGGAAUAUUAUAUACCUUAUUAUAUACCUUAAGAAGCAUGGAUGUUUUAUAAGGGCCAAACUAGAUGAAAAUCAGAAAUCAGAAAUUCAGAAUGCUUAAAGACAUGUAUUAUUUGAAACUAGACCAGGUACCAGAUGGGAUGUCUUAUAGUUCUGCGACAGACACCAUCACAGAGCAUAGUCACAUGAGGUAAAGACAGAUUGAGUCUUAUCUGAGAGAUUUUGAUGUAGAUGAGAAAUGUUCAUAGUCCAUGUAAUGAUAGUCCAAAAGUGGUGAGCUGGCAACGAGUCCAAAAAAAAAAUACAUUUUAGGUUUUAGGACAGAUUUGAUGAAAGGUUUUGGUCCACUUUAAAUGCUGACUGCUAUUUCUUUCCCUGGCACUCCAUUCCAAAAUAUGCGCCUAUAGCUGCUUACAGGUUAAAGAAUAACAAAAAAGUGGAUAAAGUUGCAAAGGGGCCCUUAAAAGAAGGAAAAUGUAGAAUUGCAAAUAUGAAUCGGUAAAGCCAAAAUAAUAAGUGUUUAAUCUGGGAAAAACGUAAGCACAAAUAGCAAGAAAUGUGGGAUAAUGAGGGGAAAAGGAGACAUCUAUACCAAGUUCAAAAGACUUUCAAGGUAAAUAGGCAGGAAGUGGAAGCGUUAAAGACGAAUGUGUAUUAACAAGAUUCAGACAGUAAGGCAUAAAGAUUAUGGGUCACAUUAAAAAUAGGGAAACAACUAAUAGCCUUUAUCGGAAAUUGGGCUUUAAUGGGAUUUGAUGGUAAUGAAGGAAGAGUGAUUUUUAAUAACUAAGAAUAUUUACAAUGGAAA